AUCCAUCCAUCCAUCCAUCCAUCCAUCCAUCCAUCCAUCCAUCCAUCCAUCCAUCCGAGUCAUUAGGUCACCAAAUUAAAACAUGGCCAGCAAAGUACACAGAACAACAGUGCAUUCACAUUUAAACCAGUUUAGAGUAGUUUACAUGUGGCGUUACAUUCCUACCGUGAGGGGCUAACCCAUACAUGCAUGCUUUGUGGACUGUGGAAGACAGCUGGGAGAUCCAUUGGCUGAGGUGUGGACACAUUUGGAGAAUUUCCUUUUUUUGUAAGAGUAAAAAAAAAAAUGUUUGCACAUGAGAACUUUCAAGAUGCAGAAAUUAAACAAAUGUGUAUUCAAAGAGUCACGCUGUAUGUUCCAAAGUUACUUGUAUGUUUCUUGAAUCAAUUGAAGUUAGCACAAUUGUUUUCCACUCAUAAAAGGUGUUUUUGUCAUUCUUUAGCCAUCUGGUCAUAUUCACAGAAAAGAAAUUAGUAAUGCAGACUGACCUAAAUCACAAAAAGCUUCUUGAUAGGUGAAAUUAAUAGGUCUUUUUAUGCAGCGUAUGUAAACAUCUGGUCACAAUACACUCACAAUAUAUUUUAUUACAUAAGACUUACACAUUGCAAAUUGCACUGUCCUCCUAUUUACUUAUUUUAUCUCGUAUCGCUAAGUAUGCUCCACGUACCUCCUGUAAUUGUCCCCUUGAGAUCAAUAAAACCGUUUUUCUUUUCUUUUUUAAUUGAGCUGAAUAAAAUUAAGACUCUUUGCUAAUAAUGGAUUGCACCCCAUUUUUCUCUUGACUCAAUUCUUAAUGGAAUAGAUUAAACAAGGUAUCUGACCAUCUCUCAGAGAUUUUAAAAGAUCCAUAUUGUUCAUGGUAGCAUAGGCGGUUGCUGAACAUUUGUCAGCUGCACUGCACAUCCAUGAUUCGAAUCUCCAAUCACAUCCCAAAUGUUCUCUGCUGGAAUGAGAUCUGGUCAUGGUGGAGACCAUUUUAUUUUGCAGGUUUACAUUUAUGUAAAGUUUUUUUUUUUCUGUAACACAGUUAGGUGUAGUUAUUUUUAGCGACCACAAGGUGGUGCAUAACAGCCAGAAAACAAAAUGCUCCGUACGAAAAUGAAUAAAACGAAAGAACUGUGUCUCACCUGUCAGAAGUUCUUCUGAAAGUUUCAGUGUUUUUUUGUUAAACACUUGAAAAAUCUAAUGAAACAAAUUAUUGGACAAACAUAGUUUACAUAGCCAAACCAGCACCACUGACAGUGAGAGACGUGCGUUGAGGAUCAUAAAAUAUGUACCACUUAAGAACUUGAACUGGAUCCAAUUGGCCAGGUUUCUGCUGUCACAGGUGACAGGCUCUGUUUUACAGGACUCUCUGGCCUCCACCCAAAGCCGCGGCGCAGUCAAUGAGGAACAAUGAACUAGGUGCACCUCAGUGCUCCUUCACUAAGGGUUCUUAUUGUUAGACAACCCGUUUUCAGCAUUUACUACCUCUACAUGGCACUUUACAAAGAGGACAGCCAAGACGACACACCGGAGUGUCCAGUAUGCUAUGAGAUCCUAUCGGGCACUGAGCGGACUUUAAGCUGCGGACAUGUAUUUUGUCACGACUGCUUGGUCAAAACGCUGGUCAGCAUUAACAGCGACGGAGUCAUCAGGGACACAAUUGCCUGCCCCAUCUGCCGACAUCUGACGUUCAUCAAGAGGCAAAAGGAAUCGCUGGUGGCACUCUCAUCGACCAAGUACCCAGAUGAAGAACAGACGCUGGAGGUGCCUCUUCCUCCGACGGCGUCGCAGCUCCGGAGCGCACGGCGCGCCUCCGGGGGCAGCUUACUGAGCGGAGUUAACCGGAUAGCCCACUGCUGCGGGAGUAUCUUUCGACGAGCCCGUCAGGAGAGGUUAAUCGGACACAACCACAACGCGUGUCAGAUCUUCAUCAUAAGUGCCCAGGGGCGACCGAUGGCAGAGGAGGAUGCGCUCGAUGUCGUGAUGACAGUGGUUCACCCUCAGCGCAGGGAGAGACGCAGGGUCUGCACCACGGCGCGAUGCUUGCUCUGUCUGCUGUCAACCUUUACUGUUCUGGCACUGGUGGCCGCGACGUUACCUUGGAUUUUGUUGGCAUAGUGCUGCUGAAGAUGCACAGCAUACAGGUCCAAGUGGAAACGAUUGAAGAACCUAUAGGGACAAUGUUUCCUUGGAAAUCAACGUUGUUGUGCAUGUGAGUUUCACUGAUCAGCAAUGUAUCACGAUAUGAACUGUAUGUUCAAGUAUUUAGUUGUAGUCAUAUUGGACUAUAGCUCUGUAUUGUCAAAUUAAUUAAUUUAUCUCGAUUAAAGUGGUCAAUAAAACAAAGACUUAUAUUGGCACAUAAUGUCUAUUGCUAAGCAACAGUCUAAAUUAAAAUUUUGCUUUGACAAGAUGAAUUAGUCAUCAAAUUCAUGCUCAUCAUCAAUAACAGCCUCUGUUUUCCAGCCUUGUAACCCCAACUCAGCAAACAAUCCUUAGAAAUUCAGAAUGUUGCUAAAGAGGCCCGGGCAAUGCUGUGGUUUGUUGCUGACUGCUGUGUUUCCAAGCAGCAAUACACGAGUUUGUGGCCUAACCUGUAAAGCCACAGCCUCCCACUUUUCCAGGUAGAAACAUUUCAUUGCUCAAGUAUUCACACACCUAGUACUCUUUCACAUUGUCGCUUUACAAACACAGAUUUCAGAGUGUUUUCCUGGGACAACACGUGACAGGCAUAAAGCAGCUGAUGCUUGGAACUCAUAGGAACAUUAAGUUCACAUGUGAUCAUUUAAAAAAACAUAAAAUUAGGCACUAGUUUAUGUUGACCUAUGGAUUAAAGUCACAAUAAUAUCAACUGAAGCGUGUGGUUGUAGCAAACUAUGGUCAUAAAGCAGGAAAUGAUGAAUCCAACGAUAACCUCCGAGUCUUACUGAAGUUUUUAUCUUUAUGAAUUAUAGAAAUGAGAACCGGCAAGAAUCCUUUAACCAGUUACUUGUGAAGACAGU